AUGGGUUCGCGAACUGACAGCUCCAAAAUCGACGCAGCGCCCCUUGGGCAGCCGCUGCAAUUCGCAUUCAGCAGCAAGACGGCGAAGAACCGCUUCCUCAAGGCCGCCAUGACGGAGCGCCUCUCGUCCUGGGACCCGCGCGACCUGCCCAGCCGCGGCGUGCCCUCCCAGGACCUCGUCAAUGUCUACCGCCGCUGGGGCGAGGGCGACUGGGGCCUCAUCCUCACGGGCAACAUCAUGAUAGCCUACGACCAGCUCGAGGCCGCGGGCAACCCCAUCGUCCCGCGCGACGCUCCCUUUUCCGGCGAGCGCUUCGACGCCUUCAAGGACCUCGCGACCGCCGCGAAGAAGAACGGCAGCCUCAUUGUCGCGCAGGUGAGCCACCCGGGCCGCCAGGUCUCCCAGGAUAUCCAGCAGACUCCCAUCUCGGCAAGCGACGUGCAGCUCGAGGGCGAGGUGAUGGGCAUGCGCUUCGCCAAGCCCCGGCCCAUGGAGAAGAAGGACUUUGAGGAGGUCAUCGGCGGUUUCGCGCACGCAGCCGAGUUCUUGUACAAGGCAGGCUACGACGGCAUCCAGCUCCACGCCGCGCACGGCUAUUUGCUCGCGCAGUUCCUCGCCCCGUCGACAAACAAGCGGACUGAUCAGUACGGCGGCUCGGUGCUCAAUCGCGCGCGCAUCAUUUUCGAAAUCAGCGAAGCCAUCCGCGAGCGCGUCCCGGAUAAUUCCUUCAGCAUCGGCAUCAAGGUCAACAGCGUUGAGUUCCAGGAGGGCGGCUUCUCGACCGAGGACUGCCGCACGCUGUGCGGGGCGCUGGAGCAGCAUAGGUUCGACUACGUCGAACUUUCGGGCGGCACGUACCAGUCGCUGGCGUUUAUGCACAAGCGGCACUCGACGCGCAAGCGCGAGGCCUUCUUCCUCGAGUUCGCGGACCUGAUCCUGCCGGAGCUGAAGAAGACCAAGGCGUACGUCACGGGCGGGCUGCGCUCGACCGAGGGCAUGGUCAAGGCUCUGGAGACGGUUCAGGGCGUCGGCCUCGGCCGGCCGGCCUGUCAGGAGUUUGAUCUGCCCAAGAAGAUCUUGAGCGGCGACGCGAACGGGGCGAAACAUUAUCUGCUCGACGAGGAAGACUUUGGGCUGACCAAUGUCGCGGCGGGGACACAGAUGCGCACCGUUGGCAAAGACAAGCAGCCUCUGGACCUAAGCCGAGAUGACCACAAGCACAUUUUCUUGGAAUCGCUGCAGAAGUGGUGGCAAGGAAUGGCGAGCAACAAGGAUGGGUCCAAGUACGGGUUCAUCGACAUAGAAGGCAUCAAGCUGCAGCCGUACGGGACAGCAUACCCUUAG